AUGCCACCUAAACAAUCUUCCACCGGAGCUGGACGCGGCCGGCCAGCCAAGGCAAACAAAGCUCAACCGCCUGCUCGCAAUGCCUCGGAGUCUAGUAACCCGUUCGAGUCCUCAGAUGACCAGGCCCCAGAGGCAAACCAAGCAAUAAACAUAGAGGAAGAGCAAACAGAGCCAGAAAAGUCAAUUCCUAAAGCGCUGCUGACCCGGCUUCUGCACGAAUUCUUCACCAAGGAGGCUACGAGGAUGUCGAGAGACGCCAACACGGCGGUGAGCAAGUACGUUGAUAUCUUCGUUCGAGAGGCGAUCGUAAGAACAGCUGUCGAGAAGCCAGGCGGGUUCCUAGAGGUCGAAGACCUAGAAAAAGUCACGCCUCAACUGCUGUUGGAUCUUUAG